AUGUCGAAGCCUGCACCAGGACACAAGGACGCCGUGUACCACACCGAAUGCACCGGGCAAGCGCUCGACACGGUCAGAGCUCACUCGACACCGUCUGAGCUUACACUAUUUGGCGCUUGCUUCUGCCCCUUCGUGCAUCGAGUCUGGAUCGCUCUGGAAUACCUUGGUGCUCCUUAUCAGUACCGAGAGGUAGACCCAUACAAGAAGCCGGCAGACCUCCUCGAGCUCAACCCGAAGGGUCUCGUUCCAGCACUCAAGCUGUCGAACGGCAAAGGUCUGGCCGAGUCUACCGUGAUCCUCGAGUACGUCGAUGAGAAGUAUGGAGGCGGCAAAGGCGGAAAGACGCUUCUUCCUCCCCUUUCUGAUGCCUACGAGCGAGCCGUCUACCGUCUAGCAGUCGACAAGGCCAACCGCAACCUCAUCCCUUCCUUCUACCGCUACCUUCAAGCGCAGGAAGUCGAAAAGCAGCUCGAAGGUGCCAAAGAGUUCACUUCGCACCUCACCGACUUUGUGAAGUCCAUGUCGCCGCCCAAUCCGGAAGGUUUCUGGGACGGCAAGUCCCUCUCCGUGGUCGACUGCACCGUGGCACCUUGGCUGUUCCGUGCGACCAACGUGCUGAGGCACUUCCGCGGCUUCGAGCCUGAGAAGCUGCUCGAGGGCGAUGUGUUGGAGAGGUGGAACAAGUGGACGGGGGCUGUCUUCGGUCUGGAUGCUUUCAAAGCGACGACCUCGACCGACGACCUGUACUUGGACUCGUACGUGCGCUAUGCCCAGAACCGGCCGAUGACCUCGCAGGUCGCCGAUGCCAUCAACAAAGGUCGAGGUCUGCCCUGA